AUUUUUUUAAAAAAAAUACAGAUCUCUCAAGCCAUUUUUUUCUUCUUCUUUUGAAAGCAUAUCAUCAUGUCCAACGAUGCCAACGUACAUUUAAAAAAGAGGCGUGUAGAAAACGGUGUUAAAAAGAACACCAAUCAUUCAAAGAUAUAUCAGCCUUUUAGAGCCAUUGGUUAUGUGACAAACGAAGUACCUUAUGUUAUCAAUAACUUUGGCAAUGAAUAUUUCUUGACAACCUGUGUUGGCCAUAGUUUCCAGACGUAUAAUCUUGGAAAAAUGAACCUUUUGUUUGUCAGUACACCUACAGAAAAGCCCAUUUCAGCUUUGGCUACGUACAAGAAAUUAGUCUAUGCAGCCGCUGGUAAUUGUGUGAUUGGAUAUAAGCGAGGUAAAGAAGUAUCUCGUGUGGGAGGUCAAGGCAACUUUAAUAUCACACAAAUCAUCACCCUCGGUGCUUAUAUGGCUGCUCUUUGUGAUGAUAAUACACUUAAAUUAUGGGAUACUACCACAGGAGAAUUAUACACUGAAAUCGAGUUUGGACAAGAAUUCACAGCCACACAAAUGCUUCAUCCUUCCACUUACCUCAAUAAAAUCCUUGUUUCCAGCACACAAGGCACUAUGCAGAUUUGGAAUAUUCGAACCAACAAGAUGAUUUACCAGUUUAAAUAUAUGGGAUCCCCAAUUACUUGUUUAGCACAAUCCCCUGUGAUUGAUGUUGUAGCUAUUGGUUUAUUGGAUGGUACUGUCUUGUUGUACAAUAUCAAGGCAGAUGAAAAGAUUGAUAGUGUACGACAAGAUGAUCGAGUGACAGCCAUUACGUUCAGAACAGAUGAAGAACAAGUCAUGGCUACAGCCAAUAUGCAUGGCGAUGUAGCCUUAUGGGAUCUGUCUGAGCGUCGAUUGGCUCAUAUCAUGAAAAAUGCGCAUGAUGGAUACAUUACUUCCUUGACAUUUUUGCACAACCAACCUAUCCUUGUGACUGGUGCUACUGAUAAUGCUGUCAAACAAUGGAUCUUUGAGAAACACAAUGCUGUACCUCACCCUUUCAAAUCCCGUAGUGGUCACCAUGCACCUCCUUCCAAGAUCAAAUAUCAUGGUGAAGGCCAAAAGACCAUUCUGAGUGCAGGUCGCGAUCAUGCACUCCGUUCAUUCAGCACAGUCAGAGAUGCCCAAAACUUUGAAUAUUCACAGGGUCAUCUUGCCAGAAAAGCCAACAAACACGGAGUCAGUAUGGACGAUCUCAAGUUACCUCAAAUUGUGGAUUUGGAUGUGAAUGAUGCUAAAGCCAAAGAAUGGGAUAAUAUUAUUACCUGUCAUGCCAAUGAUAAUGCAUGUCGUACAUGGUCCUCCAAGAACAAGAAAUUAGGUGGUCAUGUCUUGAUGAGUACAGACAAGACAGCCAUCAAAACGACUUGUAUUUCCUCUUGUGGUAAUUUUGGGUAUCUGGGAUGUGCUUCUGGUGUGAUUGAUAUGUACAAUAUGCAGUCUGGACUUCAUCGCAAGACAUUUGCAGGUCCUGAUGGACACAAGAAGCCUAUUACAGGAUUGACAACAGAUACCAUUCAUCGUUAUUUAAUCUCCGCCUCUGUCGAUAAAACCAUCAAGAUUUGGGAAAUCAAGACAGGCCAUGUUGUUCAUACAAUCCAACUUGACUCUUCUGUUGUUGGUCUUCGUUAUCACCUUGAUAAUGAUCUUCUGGCUGUUGUGUGUGAUGAUUUAGGUAUUCGUGUGAUUGAUUUAGAGACCAAGAAUAUCAUUCGAGAGUUCUGGGGACACAGAAACCGUAUUACAGACUUUGUAUUUAGCCCAGAUAGUCGAUGGAUUGUGUCAGCAUCACUUGAUGGCACGGUGCGUACUUGGGAUUUGCCUACAGGUGCGAUGAUUGAUGUCUUUAGAGUGGAAGAUAUUGUUACAUGUCUCGCAUUCUCACCUGAUGGUGACUUUUUAGCUACUGCUCAUGUGGAUCAUGUUGGUAUCUUUUUAUGGUCCAAUCGUACACAAUACACACAAGUGUCUUUACGCAAUAUUCCUGAAGAUCAAGAGAUUCAAGUAUUGUCUUUACCUAGUCUAACAGGCUUAGAGGACAGUGAUACUGAAGAAGAAGAAGAAAUGGCAUUUUUGGAGGAACCUACCUUGACUACAGUUGAUCAACUUGCUGAUCAAAUGAUCACUUUAUCUAUGGAACCCAGAGCAAAAUGGCAAAAUCUGUUACACUUGGAUACAAUCAAAUUGCGUAAUAAGCCUAAAGAAGCGCCCAAAUUACCAGAGAAGGCACCUUUCUUUUUACCGACAUUACCUGGUGCCAAAGCCCAAUUUGAUCUUAGUGCUCAUCAAGAACAACCUGAAUCAAAGCAGAUCAGCUUUAAUCAACUCAAUACAGACACUGUAUUUGCUCAACAAUUAAGAGCAGGCCAUGAAGCAAACCAACAAUAUGAUGCCUUUGUCACACUGGCUAAAUCACUCAGUCCUUCUGCUGUUGAUUUAGAAAUUCGUUCCUUUUCGAUGGAUGAAGAAUUAAGUUUACUGAAUUAUUAUUUAGAAGCUAUUCUGUAUAUGCUCAACACAAGAAAGAACUUUGAAUUGGCUCAAGCAUGGUUAUCUGUCUUUUUGACUAUUCAUGGUGACUUGAUUGUCUCCCAUCCUUUGAACCCUAUUCAUGAUAAAUUACAACACAUUCUAGACAUUCAAGGCAAUGAAUUUGGUCGUCUAUCAGAACAAAUUCAUUAUAGUCUAUGCCUGAUUGAUUUUGCUCGUAGAACAUAAACAAUAGA